CAACAACAACAACAGCAACACUUGCAACACACUCACACACACUUGCCGCAGCAAAAUUCAACAAAACUUGAAAAUGUUGCACGAAGCUAUAAUGCUCGAAAUCUACAGACAGGCGCUAAAUGCCGGCGCUCUGCCCACAGCUCGUCCACGUUCCACGGAAUCGGCGAAUUCGAGCGAGCGCUGCCCCUCGCACGAUUCCAACUCCUCGGACAAUGGCAAUGCGCAGCGCGACGCGACGUCCAGUGCUGGCGGCGUACUGAACUCUCUGCCCAAUGCGAGCUCCAUGCAUUCCACAUUUCCCGCUGUGCCGCAAACGCUGCCCGCCCAGCCGCCCAGCAUGGAGGCGUAUCUGCACAUGGUGGCAGCGGCGGCGCAACAAUAUGGCUUCCCAUUGGCUGCAGCAGCUGCGGCGGGGGGAGGACCGCGACUGCCGCUGCCGCUGGCGAGCGAGCAAGCGCGGCCGUUCAAGCUGCCGCCACAAGCGUCACCCACCGCAUCCAGCAGUCACUCCGAGGCGCUUGACUUUCGCACCAAUCUAUAUGCGCGCGCCGAGUCCGCCGAGCCGGUGGCCAGCGAGGAGGAGGAGGAGUUCGAUGAUGGUGCAAACAAUCCGCUGGAUCUAAGCGUUGGCACACGCAAGCGCAGCCACGAAGCAGCGUCGCCCAUAGGGCAAAUACAAGUAAAGAAAAUGUUCAAGUCGGACAGUCCGCCAGCAGCAGCAGCAGCAGCAGCAGCGACGCAGGCAGCGCCGCCACAAAUGCUGCCAGGUGUGAAUCCUUAUCUAGCAGCAGUAGCAGCUGCCAAUAUAUUUCGCUCUGGACAGUUUCCCGAUUGGAAUGGCAAAAGCGAUUUGGUUGUAGAUCCGCUAGAGAAAAUGUCGGACAUAGUUAAAAGCAAAGAGAAGCCGCAGCAGCAGCAGCAGAGCAAAGCGCAGACGCCAACGCCAAAGAGUCCAGCAAGCAAUCAAACAACAGAGGGCGCCAGCAAUGCUGCAGGCGGCGCUGGAGUUACCAAAGCGCGUCACAAUAUUUGGCAAUCGCAUUGGCAAAACAAAGGCGUGGCCAGCUCCGUGUUCCGUUGCGUUUGGUGCAAGCAAAGCUUUCCCACAUUAGAAGCCUUGACUACGCAUAUGAAGGACAGCAAACAUUGUGGUGUCAAUGUGCCGCCCUUUGGUAAUUUGCCCAGCAAUCAACAGCAGCAGCAGCAACAUCACCAGCAACAUCAACAGCAGCAGCAUCAACAGCAGCAGCAGCAUCACCAGCAACAGCAGCAGCGCAGCAAAUCGCAAGCGCCGUCGGCAAAUGUUAAGCAAGCAUUUCAAUAUCGCGGCGAUCCGCCAACGCCGCUGCCGCGCAAACUGGUGCGUGGCCAGAACGUUUGGCUGGGCAAGGGCGUGGAGCAGGCGAUGCAAAUCUUGAAAUGCAUGCGCUGUGGCGAAAGUUUUCGCUCGCUGGGCGAAAUGACCAAGCACAUGCAGGAGACGCAGCAUUAUACGAAUAUUUUAUCACAGGAGCAAUCGAUAAGCAUCAAGUCGGGGGCACAAAAUAAUGCGCACAGUGCUGAGCACAAGGAGCAGAACUCGCUCAGCUCCGAGGAGAGUCGCACGCUCUCGGCUGUGCUCACCUGCAAGGUGUGCGACAAGGCGUUCAGUUCUCUAGGAGAUUUGAGCAAUCACAUGGCCAAGAACAAUCAUUAUGCCGAGCCGCUGCUGCAGUCCGCGGGCGCACGCAAGCGACCAGCGGCCAAGAAGCGCGAAAAGUCGCUGCCAGUGCGCAAGCUGCUGGAGCUGAAAUCGCAUGCAGAGGAGCCAGCGGCGCAGCAGCAGCAGCAGCACCAGGAGAAGCUUGCCAAGCCGGAGGCCAAAAGCGAAGCAGCGCUGUUCGCUGAGCGCAUGCGUCAAUAUAUUACGGGCGUUAAAUCGCCGGAGGAAAUUGCCAAAGCAGCGCAGCUGCUUGCCCAAAAAAAUAAAUCACCAGAGCUGGAAAAGAAUGGCGUCAACAAAAGUUCGGCUGCUGCCGCCGGCUCCAACUCCGUGCUCAGCGCUAUUGAGCAAAUGUUUACCACCAGCUUUGAUACGCCGCCGCGUCAUGCCUCAUUGCCCGCCAGCAGUCCCUCCAAUUCGUCCACCAAGAACACUUCACCGGUGGCCAGCAGCAUCCUCAAGCGCUUGGGCAUUGAUGAAACCGUCGAUUAUAAUAAGCCGCUGAUCGAUACAAUAUCCGUAUUUCAUUAUCGUUAUACAAGCAGCGAGCGCAGCGGCAGCGAAUGCAGCGCUGAGGCAGCAACGCGGCCACGCCCACAUACGCAAACGCCUGAGAAGCAGCAGCAGCAAAAGUCGCCAGCGCCAGCAGCUGCUCCGCUGAGUCCAAAGCUUGAAAUUAAAACGGAGUGUGCGCAGUCGCCGUCGCCGCCGCCGCCGUCAGCAGUGACGCCCAAAGCAGCAGCAGCAGAUGCUGAGCUGCCGCUGCUGCUCAAUGGCUACAACAACAACAACAAUAAUAACAACAAUAAUAAUAAUAACAACAACAACAAUUCACCCAAAACCUCUGCCUCUGCCUCUGCCGCUGCCAGUCCGCAGUCAACGCAUUCGGCGCGUCUGCUGCCGCCGCGCAGUCCGGCGGACAGUCAGCGCUCGGCCACGCCCAAAUCGCCCGCCUCUAGCCACAAGUCCUACGACGGCGAUACAGCCAAAAAAUAUCCCAGCGAUUCACUCAAUGCGCUCUCCUCCAUGUUCGACUCGCUCGGCAGCAGCAGCAGCAGCAGCGGCGCCGCCAAUACGCGCGCCAAACUCGCUGCCGCCGCCGCCGCCGCUGCUGCAGCCACAAGCGGCGCCAACUCCGGCUCCACAACCGGCGACGCGCUGCCCGAAAAUCUGAGCGCCCACAAUUCGCUCGCUGCACUGCGUCAGUUCUGCGUGAAGAAAGAGAAGACCGCCUAAGCUUCUGUGCCUGCUUUCUGGUCUCGCACUCAGUUUUCUUUCGUUUGUUCGAGCAACGCCGCAGAGAUUGCUUUUAAUCAAACCUUUUUUGUUUUGCCAACACAAUUGGCGCCCACAAAAAACUCAAAAACAAACAACAAAUAUAUCCAAAAUUAUACAAAACAACAACAAACAAAAUCAUCACAAGCCAUUUGAGAGCGCCUGAGGAUCGAGCGCCUCCAAGCCCCCAGCAAGAGAGGGAAAGGGAGAGCAACAUAUUGCUUGCCGGAUUUUUAGGGGCUGCGCCACGCCCACCAAUAUAGCUGCGCCCACAGCUUCAAGGACUCUUGCCAACCUUGAAGGACCUUUGGCUUACAUGCGAGCUGCCACAGGCGUUCUGACCUAACUCUUGGGCCCUUUGCCACUGCAAACUCAAUUGAAAAAUA